CUAGCGCAGGAGGAGAAAGAGAUUGAGAGAGAAGAAGCAGCAUUUUAUGAGGCAAAGCGAGAAGCUGCAAGGAUUGCCAGAUUGAAUAAAGACAAAGAGAAUGCUUCACGAAAUAAUAGUAAAGCCUGGUCCAAUACUGAUGACAUGACUGGUGACGAGGAUGAUUUUGAAAAUUUCCUAGCUACUGUUAAAGCUAGAUCACUGGCCACUAGAUCUCAGGCUAAUACAGCACCUUGUGCCUACCUACAACCGUCGGCAAACGGCAAAAAAAAAAAUAUACACAUAUCUGACAGAAAAAACACAACAGACUCUGAAGAGUCAU